GUCACGUGGUUGCUGGGCCGGGGAAAUGGCGGCUCCAGGAGAGAGCGGGGCUUCGGCUGGCGGAGGGAGCACUGAGGAAGCAUUUAUGACCUUCUACAGUGAGGUCAAACAAAUAGAGAAGAGAGAUUCAGUUCUAACAUCCAAAAAUCAGAUUGAAAGAUUGACCCGUCCUGGUUCCUCCUACUUCAAUUUGAACCCAUUUGAGGUUCUUCAGAUAGAUCCUGAAGUGACAGAUGAAGAAAUAAAAAAGAGGUUUCGACAGUUAUCCAUAUUGGUGCAUCCUGACAAAAACCAAGAUGAUGCUGACAGAGCACAAAAGGCUUUUGAAGCUGUGGACAAAGCUUACAAGUUGCUACUGGAUCAGGAGCAAAAGAAGAGGGCCCUGGAUGUAAUUCAGGCAGGAAAAGAAUACGUGGAACACACUGUUCUGUGGAUCUGGUUCAAACAAGCAGUAUAUAAACAGACCAUGAAACUCUUUGCUGAGCUGGAAAUUAAAAGGAAAGAGAGAGAAGCCAAAGAGAUGCACGAAAGGAAGCGACAAAGGGAAGAAGAGAUUGAAGCUCAAGAAAAAGCCAAACGAGAAAGGGAGUGGCAGAAAAACUUUGAGGAAAGUCGAGAUGGUCGUGUGGACAGCUGGCGGAACUUCCAAGCAAAUACAAAGGGGAAGAAAGAGAAGAAAAAUCGGACCUUCCUGAGACCACCGAAAGUAAAAAUGGAGCAGCGUGAGUGACCACCUAGGGUCACGGCCACAGAACCUUCCCCCGACUGUCUCCCCUCCUGCUUCGAAGGACUCAUUCUCUCUUCCCAUUUCCACCCCAACAUAGAGUAGUAGUUGCUUUUUAGUCCAUUUUGUUUUCAAUACAAUUUAAUAUCGAUCAGAGUAAUUCUUUUGUACAUUGAAAUGAGGGGCUCAGUUUAAAAUGAAACCUUACCCCACCCCCACCCCUAGACCAACCAGGAUUGGAAGGGGCCACCAUGGGUGCCGCCUUCUCUUCCCACAGCCCGUAACUUAAUGUUUUGUACUUCACUGAAUUGUGAUGGUUAGAAACCUCGUGUAUAGUUUGUGGAAAUCAUCCAAUUAAACAUAUUGCUUAAAAUGGUGUUGCCGUGACUUCAGAGACAAGCCUGGGCCACCUUAGGAAUCCCCUCUGCUUCAGUUGCUUGCUUCUGGGCGUGGCGUCCUUCGAAGCCCCAGAUCAGACAGGGAAGGCGGUGGGCACACAGAACAGUCACUCGAUGCCCUGACCUCCCGACAGUGUGUGGCAUGUGCUCUCCCUUCUGACUGAUCUUUCCGUGUGGCAUGAGGCUCCGAGCCACCCAAACCUGUUCACUUUCCAAAGAGCUAGCCAUCUUCCACCCACCACCAUUCUGUCCUAGCCUGUCUGCAUUCAUUAGUGGUAAUAUUCUGUAUAUGUAAUAAAUUUUUAUACCCUAA